AUGUCUCUGACAAGAGCCAUCCUGUCCCACACACGCCAACGCCCAAUACUUCACAAAGCCAUCAAACCAUCGAUUCUCAGACCACUCACCACCUCGCGCCCCUUCUACCGCGACGGCGACACAGGCGGCGUCCGCUCUGGCGGCGAAGCAGCAGGCGAUUCCUGGACAAGAAGAGAAAAAGCCGCAGAGAAUGUGUACAUCAAACAGAAAGAAAAGACACUCUUAAUGAUGUUGAGAGAGAAAAUCGCGGCUCAAGAGGCGAUUCUGGCGAAAGAUCGGGCAAUUUUGGCGGCGAUGGAGGACCAGUAUGGACAUGUGGUUGAGGAGAAGGCUGUUUGA